AUGUCUAUGACCGUUGAUGAUUGUGCUCAAGCUCGGGAUGGUUUCCCUCGACCAUUUCCAGACACCCCUUCCAAUGUUUUGAAGCAGUUUCAGAUGAACGGGAAGGUGGUUGUUAUCACAGGUGCUGCCGAUGGACUGGGUUAUGCCGUAGCAGAGUCCAUGGCUGAGGCGGGCGCUCAUGUCGCCCUGUGGUAUAACUCGAAUGAUGUUGCUAUUGAAAAAGCAAAGGUUCUGGCGCAAGAGCACAACGUUAUGGCUUCGUCUUACAAGGUUGACGUUUCGGAUUCAACUCAAGUUUCGGAAUCAAUUGCAAAGGUUGCUAAAGAUUUUGGCAAGAUAGACGUAUUCGUCGCCAAUGCAGGUAAGGUCGCGCUUCAAGGACAUCCAUGGAUGGAAUAUGACAACCAGCUGACCAUGGACAAAGGCAUGGCUAUCUCGAAGCCCAUUUUGGAACAGACAUUGGACGAGUAUCGAAAGCAGAUGUCUGUGAAUGUCGAUGGAAUUGUUUAUUGCGCUAAAUAUGUCGGUGAGGUAUUCGCAAGACAGGGUUAUGGCAAUCUCAUCAUCACCUCUAGCAUGAGUGGGCACGUUGUCAACGUCCCUGUUGAUCAACCUGUCUACAAUGCGACUAAAGCUUACGUUACUCACUUUGGAAAGUCACUGGCUCGCGAAUGGCGAGACUUUGCCCGUGUCAAUAUUGUCUCGCCGGGAUUCUUUGAUACCAAGAUGGGUGCAAGCCCCUUGUGCCUCCAAGAGGCGUAUCGCAUGUCAUCGGUUGGAAGACAAGGUCAUGUUAAAGAGAUUAAAGGCUUGUACCUCUAUCUUGCUAGUGACGCCUCGACUUACAUGACUGGAAGCGAUGUAAUUAUUGAUGGAGGAUAUGUUUUGCCAUAG